GCGGUUUGCAUGUUUUGCAACGGAAACAAAGCAAGCAACAAGAAGCAAGCAAGAAGCAACACAAGCAAGCAGGCAGGGCAGAAGCAGGCGAGAGAAGCGAGCACCAUCCCAUCCACCCCAUCCAUAUCAACAAGGCUUGCGCGAACUGAAAGCAGCACAGCAGGCUGGAACAGGAUGUCGGAGCGACGGUACCUUGAGAGAGGUGCGGUGCACACCAAGAACGCGCCACCAGAGCGGAAAGUGGUUCCACGCAGAGAAGAUGACGAUGCGCUCUAUGGCACCUCCGGCCGCAUUCGAAGAGGAUCAAGCAAAUACAUUCCAGGCAGCAAGUCAUGGUAUUCUGGGUUCAACGUGCAGGGCCAGGACGACCCUCUUGUGGAGACCUAUCCCGUUGGUCUUCGGCGGCGGCGCCUGUGGUGCGUCGUUGGCCUCGUGGUGCUGUGUGGGCUGCUGUCCAUCACCGCACUGAUCGGCAGCAUCUGGAUCAUCAACCAGCUCAACAUCGACUCGCGCGGCAUGCACGCCAUGGUCAUUGAUGGCGACACCGUGGGCUUCCUGCACGAGUUUGGUGCAGACGAAGUGUUUGUGCGGGGUGAGGCAGAAGUCUACAUUGUUCGCGGUGCACCGGAGAAUCCAACAAUCUUCAGAUCUGAUCAGGUUCGGUUUCGGGCGCUGAGCCAAUCGCAGUCAUCCCAGUCAACCCUUGAUGUUGGCGGCGCAGACGUUCACCUGAGCUCUCCGCGCCUUCGCGUCACCCCCGAGGACUCAUCGACGGCGCACUUUGUUGGUGAUGCGGAACAAACACAGUUCUCGUCCGAGGCCCUCGUCAUCGAAAACAACAUCACCGCUCGCCCACAGGUGGAAGCGACGCGAAUUGAAGCAAACGCAGGGGAGCCACUGGUGGUGACAUCGGACCGCAGCUUGACUGCAACAUCGUUCCUCGACACCACGCUGAGCAGCACCCACGGGCACGUGCACGUGCGAGCGCGCGGGCCAGGGAACAACCUGACGUUUGUCAACACAAACGACAUUGUCACCGCCAUUCCUUUCCUGGAGUCGAGCUUCAACGCCGGGGGUGACGGGAUGUUCCUGAACCUGCGCCAGCUGCGGCGACCAGACGCCGUCUCGAGCGGGAACCUCACCAGCUUCACCCUGUGCAACUGCGCAGACAACUCCAUCUAUCUUGUUCAAGGCAACGCAACCUGUGCCGACACCCCGACCCAGUACCUCUCCCACCCCUGCCUCUAAAUGAAUGACAAGCAUAGAGAAGCAUCUAUGAAUGCAAGAAAGAAAGAAGCAACCCUGUCGUGUGGAAUGGCGCCCCUCGUUUGGCUGUUUGGUGUGUUUGCUUGUUUGUGUGUACAGAACUUCUUUGAGAAGAAGAGAGAUGCAUGUACGUGCGUGCAUGUGAUCAUGAGCAGGGAGGGAGAGAGCUGGUGGGUUGCUUGCUCUUGCUGGCAUGCCAUGUGCCUACGUGAGUACGUGUUGUGCUGUUGCGCUGCUGUGAGUGUGUGUGUGUGUGUCAUGUCAGUCAAGAUGUCACACUGAAGGAAGGAAGGAAUCAAAAGCAGCAAGCGCG